AAAAUAAUAAAUAAAAAUAGAACCGAAUUCUCAAGUCAAGGGAUGCUUGAGUUGACAGAAGUUGAAAAUUUUGGUUGAGUGAGAGGCUUGUCUUUGUUCCGCUACCAUGUCUCAUGAGACAUGCCCUUCUGUAAAGAAUGUCCUUCUUUUGGAUUCCGAUGGGAAACGUGUUGCGGUCAAAUACUUCUCUGAAGACUGGCCGACAAAUAGUGCCAAGGAAAAUUUUGAGAAAGUUGUAUUCAACAAGACUCAGAAAACCAAUGCCCGCACGGAAGCAGAAAUAGCAAUGUUUGAGAAUAACAUUGUUCUUUACAAGUUUGUCCAAGAUCUUCACUUCUUUGUUACCGGUGGUGAUUAUGAAAAUGAGCUUAUCUUAGCCACAGUUCUGCAGGCAUUUUUUGAUUCUGUGGGCCUUCUGCUCAGAGGCAAUGUAGACAAGAAGGAAGCACUAGAGAACUUGGAUCUCAUUCUAUUGUGCAUUGAUGAAAUUGUUGAUGGCGGUAUCAUACUUGAAACUGAUCCAAAUGUUAUAGCUGGGAAAGUUGCUAGUAAUAGUAUAGAUUCUGGAGCUCCUUUGUCCGAACAGACACUAAGUCAAGCAUUGGCCACAGCCAGGGAACAUCUUGCAAGGUCCCUUCUUAAAUGAUUCAUAUGGCAUUUCACAAUGACGGAGGAAACUUGUCUUUAGGUUUUUCCUAUAAACGUUUAUAAGAAAGAACCUCAUUGCAUUCUCGAGAAGUCGAACCUGGAUGUUGAUGUUACUUGCGUAGUGAAAGUUAAUAUUGACAUGCUAAUACAGGCUAUUCUAGCAGUACUUUUCUUCUGGCGAUUUGUUAUUUUAGUUACCUAUUAAAUUUCAGGAUGGUGGCAUAUUCCGUAUGUUCCAAAAAUUUCAUAGGAAUCAAUUUUAGUGCAUACUAAUUCUAAACUCUUAUGUUACCCCCCCCA